CAGGAGGAGAGGAGGCAGAGAGGAGCCCCGCCCACUGUCUGCCCGGCCACAAACUCCAGUCUAUGCAGCCCUUACUAUUCAUUGAUGUUGUGUAUAGGUGACGACCUUGAUAUGAUGUCUGGUUGUGAUUCAGCUCUACGUCAGAGAUGCCUCAUAUUCCGGAACAAUACUCGGAUAGAUGACAUCACUCGGAUGCUUCUUUCUUACCCUUCCAAGGAUUUCCUCCAGCAUCUUUCUCCUUCUCUCCAGUAGCCAAUGGGCAGCGCAGGUAAAGACGAGGUUUAUAUACAGUAAGUGCUCGGUGAUCCAUAACAUAGGAGAACACUGCUGCCUCCCACAUCUGCCCUCUCCCUGCAUCCUGUAGUAAAUGCAUUUAAUUCGGAGAGCGACUGCUGAAUAGAAGAUUCUCUGCUGUCGACAGGCACCAGACGGAGCCACAUCACCGCAGCUCUACAGCCCAAACCUCAAAAACCUCCCAGCUUGAUCCAGCUGUCAAAAUGAACCAGUCGAAGGCAGCCGUCCACAAUGAAUGCCUCAGCUACAUCAACGUGGACAAUGGAUCUCUGUGGAAUGAAAGCGUUGGCGCCAACAGCUCUCGGAGCACUCUGAAUCACCUAUUUAUUGGUGCCCAAAAGCAGGAGCCACAUUAUAUAGCUAUCCCAGCCACCAUCUUUUACAGCCUCCUCUUCCUUUUUGGUAUCUUGGCCAAUGGGCUAACUAUUCUUACUUUAAUGAGAAAUGGUAGGAUGAGAGUGAGCGCUGUCCGCUUCUACCUCUUGAGUCUGGCUCUGGCUGAUAUUCUACUUCUACUGACUAUUCCGGUGACUUUAUACAGAUACUUCUGGCAAUAUUACCCCUGGGCGUUGAGUGACACAGUGUGUAAACUGUAUUUCAUGAUCAGACAGGUCUACUGUGCGACCACCAGCUGGACCAUUAUUGCAUUUACUUCCGAGAGAUACUUUGCCAUAUGUCAUCCCAUGUGGUCUAUCACUGGACUUCGGAAAUCCUGUAUGGCUUAUUUAUUGGCCUUCAUCUGGAUUUUGUCAUUCCUUAGCACUAUUCCUGUGGCUAUUGUCUAUGGUGAGACUUCAGCGUGUAUCCUGGACUACACUGCCACCACUCGGGAUGAAGUUGUCCUUGAUUCCACAGUGUGUGAAAUGCUGGAACCAAAGCCAUAUAUUGUUUACAAGAGCAUCAUGCAAACCCGCAGCAUCUUGUUCUUUGUCGUGCCCUUGGUUUCUAUCAUGUUUUUCCACAUUCUAAUUUUCCAUCACUUCAGUAUGAACCACCGGCAGAGGGAAAAAAUUGGGCUCAGAAGAACACACUGGCAGUUUUCAUCAAAACAUAUGAAUCAGCCUCGUAGGCGCCCCUACUCUGAGAGAAAGGCACGUCAACUUAUGGGUGCAGUGGUGGUGGCAUUUUUCCUGUGUAAUUUUCCUGACACCGCAUCCUCCCUCAUGCAGAUCUAUAUAGACAACUGGAACACAUACGUUCUCAAGGUAUACACCUUACUGAAGACCUAUCUGUCGCUACCACUUUGGUACCUCAAUAGUGCUUUGGACCCUAUUCUGUUUUGCAUUUCAUCAACAUCUUUUCGCAGCGCAUGCAAGGAAACCUUAAGAGCCUGUCUUCCACGGCAGGAAAAAUCUGCAGAUGGACCAAAUCAAAUCUACCAGGCCUCUUGUGCCCGUUCUGGUGGAUCUUCCCUGGUGUCAGCACCCAGCACACGUUCAACAUGGACCUUAAAUUCCAACGAAGGAGAACGAGGAGAGUGUGUGGGCCAGACUCGCAAAGGUGACCCCAAACUCUUAUUCUUCAGGCACCUUGAAAUGAAGGAAGCUGGGGACUUCUCAGUGCCAUAAAACAUCUGGUUUUGAAACAGAGUAAAUUUUUGGAGGACACAUUAUGGGUAAUAUACAGGCUUGAGCAGAUUAAACAAAUGAUGGACAUGGCCUUUUAAUACAGAUUUUCAUUGUGUGAGUUUAAUUGCAUAGUAAUCAUGGAAAGAAUAAGUAAAAUAGCACCGCAAAGACGUAACCCGUUAUAGAGAAUGAACGGCGUUGUGGCUAAGAGGAUUACACAAGGUGGAAUUACAGUCAUUUCAUUGAAAUGGAAUAUGAGGCUCCUCUAGAAAUGAGCUUUGUGCUUCAAACAAAAAGACGUAAUUAGCGCAGGCAAUGUUAAGAGGCAAUUCAGACCUAAAAAAUACAUUUCAAAGAAUUUCAGGACUAUUGUGUAUUAGUAGCCUUUUCUAUCUAGUGUUCUGCAUUGUGAGUCAUGGCCCAGUGUCCCUUUUGUUGCUUAUGCCAAUUUUGUGUUCUAAACAGAUUUAAGAGGAAUUGUCAUUUAUGGACACUUCAUUGAAUAAUGAUGUUUUCCUCCCCGUGACUGGAAGAUUCUUCUCCUCACUAGGCCUCUGGACGUGUUGACCUUUAGAUGUUACUUAGAGACCUUCAAAUGAUGAUGCUUGAGCCAUGCGCUGUGGUAAAAAAAUGAGAGGGUCUUAUAUUAAAGGACAUGCCUAACUAGAUUUAGGUCUCCUAUAAUUAGAUCAUAUGUCAGAAUAGAACCCUGUAUUAUCAGACCCCAGACCAAACCACUCAGUUAAUUCCAGCCACCUCAUGAAUAUAUUUUGAUCCAAUAUAAUGACAUCAGACCCCAGGUCAGAUGCCUACAUUAAUUUCAGACCCCAGAUCAGACUGUAUCUAUAUUCAGACUCCCCUAAAUAUAUUCAGAAGUCCUAUAUUAAAUUCAGACCCCAAACUAGAGCCCAUAUUGAUUUGAGACCCCAGAUCAGAUCCUGUAAACAUAUCCACCCCCACCACCACCAUUAAAUUCUGAGUCCAGACAAGAUCCCUAAAUUAAUUUCAUACCCCAGACAGAGCCUCCAUAUUUAUAUCCCUUUUAUUAAUAUAAUACCCCAGACAUAUAUUCCAACUAAUAUCAGAUCCCGGACUACUAAAUAAAUUUUAGACCAAAAAAAGGCUCCCUAAAUAUAUUCAUACCCUCUGUCUUAAUAUCUGACCCCCUAAAUUUACACCAGACACCAGACCCUGUAAAUAUAUUCACUCCCUUUAUUAAUGUUAGAGCCCAGACUAGACAUCCUAAAAGUAUUCAGAUUCUUUAUACUAAAUGCAGACCAUAGACCAAACCCCUAAAUUUAUUUCAUACCCAGAGCCCCCAAAAUAUAUGCAUAUACCUAUAUUAUUAUCAGAUCCUAGACCAGAACUCUAAAUUAAUUUAAGACCCCAGACCAGACCCCUAUAUAUAUAUUGCAACCUAAAUCAGAUCCCAAACCAGUAAAUAAAUUUCAGACCUGAAAUCAGGCUCCCUAAAUAUAUUCACAUCUUCUACGUUAAUAUCUGACCCCAGACACCAGACCUGACCCUGUAAAUAUAUUCAGACUCCAAUUAUUAAUCAGAGCCCAGACCAGACCUCUUAAAAAUAUUCAGAUUCCUUACACUUAAACCCCAGACAAGACCUACUAAAUAUAUUCAGAAUUGUUAUACUAAAACCCCAAAGAAGACCGUUAAAGUAAUUUUGGACCCCAGACCCGUACAUAUAUUCUGACUCCAUUUAUUAUUAUCAGAGACCAGAUCAGACCUUAAAGGAUAACUGUAGUGGUACACUUUUAUAUAUGCCCUGCCUGGGCCUCAAAAAUAAAC